AUGAUUAUUAUCAUUAUUCUCGACUCCUAAUUCACACUGUACGUGGCAAUGGCGGUCGCGGGAACUCUGGCUCGGUCAGUCGAGACUCGCGUUUUACGACGGUCCUCGGCGAUAAUUACUGCCGAAAGCGCCAGGAACGCCUUGAGAAACGGCCGCGACUCCCGGCGUAGAACCCUAGGUCCGGCCAAGCCCAAUCGCUUGGUCCGUCUUGCGUCCUCCUUCACUUGUCAGCGACAGCCCCGUGCGACAAGUGCAGCGCGCGCUCGUUUCGUUGAGCCUGGUAACCGCAGUCUCGUUCAUCCUAGCAGCAAGAAUCGUCUGGAUGAACUCUCCAGUUUUGGGAUCUGUCAGUUGGCAACGGCAGCUGAUGGGUGGCCAACACGGUGUCGCGUCAACGAAUGGGAGAGAGGGCUGUGAGCGCUGCAAGAGCAGAGCACUCAUCCUCGUCUCCUCCCCCUGCCUCGUCUCCUCCCCCUGCCUCGUCUUCCCCUCUCCCUCGUCUCCUCCCGCUCCUUUGUCCUCCCCGCCGUCUUCCCCUCCUAGCGGCUAUUCCCCUUUCUCCUCCGGUCUCCCGCGUUUCUUCUCCCCGACUUUGCCUCAGCUAAUGGGCAGUGCUCUGCGAUUGGUGGGCUCGGAGGCGUCGCACAUGACUCGCUCGCUACGCCUUCGACCCGGUGACUCAGCGGAGCUAUUUGACGGCCAAGGAUCAAUCGUGACCGUCCGAUUGGAGUCGAUUGACCGCCAGCAGGGCCUCGUUCUUAUCGCCACGGAAGCUUCCAGGAAGGUUCCUUUCUUCGGCCCCAGUGGACGGUGGUGGCAGCAUGUGGCACGCUCAAGGGCGGCCGUUCUGAUUGGCUGAUUGAGAAAUGCACGGAGCUGGGUGCACGCGCGUUCAUU